CGUGAUUAUUCGUUCGACCAAUUGUCUAACUCGUAUAAUAAUAAUAAUAAUAAUAAUAAUAAUAAUAAUAAUAAAACAAAAAAUAAGGAAAUCAAUAAAAUUUAAUAAAAUUAAAAAAAUGCAAUUUUACAAGGUGAUCGACAAAAUUAAUGAAUUAUCCAUUAAGCUUAAAUUAUCUUUUAUAUAUUUUGUUAUAGAAAAAAAAUAGCGCUUAAAAAUAACAUACAAUGUACAAUCAAGUGUUAUAAAUAUUUUUAAAAUUUAGAAUAGGUAUUGUAGAAACUUUUCUUUAAAAAAAAAAAGAAAAGAAACAAGAAAAAAAAUUCACAGCUAAUUUUAGAAGGAUUUAUAAUCACUUCCGAGAUUGUGGUUAAGAACAGCAGUUUAAUAAUCGUAGUAAAAUUCCCCUUCCCAAUUAGCGGAAAUGACACACUAUGUUGAGCGGGAUUUAUUUGGUUAUCCCCACCUCUUUGUAAGAUACAUUUUCACUUGUUUUUACUUUUGAAAAAUUCGCAAUGCUUACAAAAUCUGUCCUAAGAUGUCUAUUUGUGCGGUAUAAAUAUUUUUUCCAGUCAUUUGCGUAAGGUUCGUCAAUGAACACUAUUAUCGCACAUUAUAUUCAUCUCACUACUUAAAAAUAUACUUUCAACGAUGAAAGUUUAUGUGACCUUCGUAUUAGAGUAUUACAAUUUAAUAUCACGCCACAAAAUCCGGUUUUCAGUAUCAUCCUGGUAUUGCGAUUAGCCGGUGAUAAACAACCACAAGUGAUUAAAUUGAAUAUACAAAGAAGAGGGAAAAAGUGAAAAAAACGUAGGGGAAUAUUCGAAAGAAGCUUCAAGAGAAAAGAAUAAGUAACUACUUUGUUGUGUCUAAAAAAGUAUUCGAUUAAAUAAAAAAAAUGAUGAAACGAGAAACUAAUAGUUUCGAUCGAAUUUUCGUGAGUGGAUGUAUUGUACUUCUGUUUUUUAAAAAUGUUCAUACUCAUCCACAUGAAUUUCAAUCCUCAAAAUCAUCGAUGGAUAAAAAUUGGGAAUUGAAUAAUAAUGUCUCGGCACAAAAUGCAAUUCAGACUAAAAUUAUUACACAUAGAGAGGAUCAAUCAUCAGGAUCUACAACAAACCAUGGUCAGGAUAUGAGUGUAAGAGGAGCUCAAAUAGGGCAAAGAAAAUUACUUGAACAAAGAAAUAAUAUUGAUGGAAAAUUUGUUUUUCCUACGGAAGAUAUACCAACAAGUCAGUCACACAAAGGAACAUUAUUAUUACCAGCACCAGUUUGUAAUGGAACAACUUUUUGUGAAAAAGUAUUUGAAUAUCCUGAAGAAAUAAUAAAUGCUGCAAUUCAGCGAAAUAAUAGUAUUAAAUAUUUAGCAACUGUAGAUACGAUACCUGAUAUUGUACAAAGAGUUGAUACGACAGACGAUGCACCUCUUUGUUUAUCUAGUGAACAAGUAAUUUAUCCAAAAUCUGCAGAAAGUAAAAAUAAGGAAUGGUUAUUUAUUGUAAAUCAAGAAAAUUUUAAGCAAGGUAUACGAAUUGAAACAUGCAGUAAUGAAAAUAGUGAGUGUAAUAUAGUCAAUGGCCUUGCUGAAGGCUAUAAAACUACAUGUAAACAAAAGUACAUUUACCGUCAGUUAGCUGCUGUUUCAAAUAAUGGUAAGAUUAAUCCAGAAAUGUUUCGUUUCCCAUCAAGUUGUUGUUGUCAUGUUAAAUUUAUUGGAAAUUCAUUGACCAGAAUGGGAAUAAUUGGUAAUCAAAGAAGUCAAAAAACUGAGAUAAAAAAUCGUAAAUAGUAAACUAUGAUUUUUAUGAUGCGUUUAUAAAAUUUAUAUCCCAUAUUUUACUUCACAAAAAUUUUACUGAAUUUCCAAUAAAUAUUUUCAUUUUUAUUAAGCAAAUAAAAAAUUACAUUAAUAUAUAAUAAAUAUUUUAUGAUUAUUAAUCCCUAAAGGUUCAUAUAUGUGUUCUCAACAACAUUCUUUAAACCAUUAGGGGUUAAUGUUAAACAAUUUUUUAUAAUGUAUAAAAUUAUGAUCUUAUUACAAUAAAAGGAAAGAUUAACAAUUCAUGUUAAACAUAGAAUUUAUACAAUGCUAUGAAUUUCUUAUAUAAUAUUUAUAAUAAUACAGUAAAUAGUUAAUUAAUUUGAGCAAAUUAUAUAUUUCCUUAAUUAAAAACAUAAAAUGUACAAUAGAUCAUAUCAUAUGAAAGUAACAAAAUUUGUUUACACAUUUUAAUAAUGAAAACAGUGUGUGUAUAUAUAUAUGUAUUGUAUAUAUAACUAAUAAAUUUAAAUAAUUUGAAUAUUCCUAAAAAAAA